AUGCCAUACCGAUUUGAAAUUGCCGCACAAGGCCGCGCUGGCUGCAAAGCCGUUGAUUGUCUCAAAGAGAAAACCAAGAUCCCCAAGGGUGAAUUCCGUGUCGGCACCUGGGUUGACGGUGGGAGCUACCAGUCCUGGUCUUGGCGCCACUGGGGUUGCUUUACCCCCAAGCAAAUUGUGAAUGUCAAGAAGGAACUCACCGAGGACUCUGAGGAGCCUGAUUUCUCUCGCCUUGAUGGCUUCGAGGAGCUCAGUGAGGAGUUCCAGGAGAAGAUUCGCAAGGCCAUCGAAUUGGGUCACGUCGAAGAUGAGGAAUGGAAGGGCGACGCUGAAUGCAACCGCCCUGGACAAGUCGGCAUGCAUGUCAAGACUCACAAGGGCAAGGGAAAGGCCGAUGAGUCCGAGGAAGCUGAGCAGUCCUCGUCUGCCAAGAAGCGUGGUCUGAACGGUUCUGAGAACGCGGGCGAGCAGCCUGCCAAGAAGAAGCAAACCCGUACCAAGAAGGCUACCAAUGAUGAUGACGAUGCCAUCGCCGAGGCUGCCGUCGUUGAAAUUGAACCCAAGGAGGCCAAGGAGCGUGGCCGCCGCGGAAAGAAGACUACCGAGGAGCAAGUUGCUGCCGCUGAGGCUGAUGUCAAGGUCGAUGCCAAGAAGCGUGGACGUGGGCGUCCCCCAAAGAAGAGUUCUGAAGAUGAGGGUGCCGAUGCUGACACUGAGAUGACCACCGAGCCUACUGAACCCACUGAGUCCAAGAAGCGUGCUUCUCGUGCCAAGAAGGCCACUAAUGAAGCAGCCUCUGCUGGCAUCGAGCCCAAGGAGACCACCCAGCCCAAGAAGCAUGCUCGUGCCAAGAAGGUCACCAAAGAUAACACUGCCUCGGACGACACCGAGCCUAAGGAGGAGACCGCUCAGUCCAAGAAGCGUGGUUCUCGUGCCAAGAAGGUCGACGAAACUGUCUCUGCCGACAUCGAGCCUAAGGAGGAGACCACCAAGCGUGUUACUCGUGGCAAGAAAGUCGUUACCUCCGUUUCUGACAACGAAUCCGGCGAAGUUGGCCCUGCCAAUGAGGAUCAGCCACCCAAGAAGACGCCCGUGACUCGUGCAACUCGUGCCAAGAAGGAUGCGCAGGAAAAUGUUUCCCCCGUCGACAAGGACGUCUCCUCUGCCGACAACGAGGCCGCCACUAUCUUCAAGCCUACCAAGAAGCAGGCGAGUCGUGGCAAGAAGGAUGUGAGCAACAAUGUUUCUCCCGUUGACCAGGAUGUCUCCUCUACCGGCAUCGAGACUGGUUCUGCCAAUGGCCAGACGAAGAAGUCUACCACUCGUGCGAAGACUGCAAAUGGCGCAAAGACCAACAAUGCCUCGAAGGCUACCAACGGAGCCAAGACCAACGGAGCCGCUUCCAAGGAAGAGCAUGCUGAUGAAUCUACCGAGAAGCCCAAGCGCACUCACAGUACCAACAACAAAACUAACGGCAACGAUUCUACCUCUGAGAACAAGCCUAAGACAACUCGCACUCGUAAGGCGACUGCCGACAAGGUCACUCAAACCUUCGACACUACCAACGAAAAGCCUAAGACCGGAGUUCGCAAGCCGACUACCACGAAGGCCACCGAUGAGACCGCUGACCAGGCUGAUAAGGAGCCUACCGAGGGUUUCAAUGAGAAAUCUGCUGAGGACAUUGUCAUGAAGUCUGAGGAUGGUCCAGAGAAUGCUUCCACCGAGGUCCCCGAUGAGCCCAUUGUCGACGCUACCAAGAAGUCCGCUGAGGACGCUACCGAGGAGCCCGUUGAGGACGCCACUGAGAAGCCCCUCGAGUCUCCUCUGAAGCCAGUCAAGGCAGAGAAUUACGAUGACGACUGCUAA